AUGGAUGAGGAAGCUGACUUAGCAUGUAUAACUAAUGGUACGUUCUCGAACUUGACACCAAUGGCCCUCCAGUUGCAAUGGCAGAGGCUUCUGUGCUGGGCUUUCUUAAGUUGCCUUAGCCUUUGGUGGCUCCCUGAGGUCAUGGCACAGUUUCCGCGAGCAUGUAUGACUGUGGAGAUGCUGACAUCCAAGCAAUGCUGUCCAGCUUUGGGGUCUAAUCCUAACAACAUAUGUGGUUCACAGCAAGGCAGGGGCAUCUGCAAAGAAGUGCAGGUAGAUACCAGACCCUGGAGUGGUCCCUACACUCUCCGCAACGUGGAUGACCGGGAACGAUGGCCACUGAAGUUCUUUAAUCGAAGUUGCCAGUGCACAGGCAACUUUGCUGGAUACAACUGUGGGGAUUGCAAAUUUGGCUGGGGUGGGCCCAGUUGUGAUGCUAAGAAGCCUCUGGUUGUCCGGAAGAAUAUCCACAAUUUGACUGAAGAGGAACGAGAACAAUUCUUAGAUGCUCUAGAACGUGCAAAGACAGCCGUCCACCCAGACUAUGUGAUUGCUACCCAGCAUUGGCUAAGUCUGCUUGGUCCCAGUGGGAAUGACCCACAAAUUGCAAAUUGCAGCAUCUAUAACUACUAUGUGUGGCUUCAUUAUUACUCCGUCAGAGACACUCUGUUAGGCCCUGGCCGUCCCUUCACAGCAAUAGACUUCUCACAUCAAGGACCUGCCUUUGUUUCUUGGCAUAGGUACCACUUGCUGCUGCUGGAAAGGGAUCUGCAGCGGAUGAUUGGCAAUGAGUCCUUUGCACUGCCUUUCUGGAAUUUUGCUACAGGCAGAAAUGAGUGUGAUGUUUGUACUGACCCACUUCUUGGAGGAUCAAGACUGGAUGAUCCAGAUCUAAUAAGUCGGAAUUCAAGAUUUUCACAAUGGGAGAUAGUAUGCAAUAGUUUGGAUGAUUAUAACCGUCUGGUUACAUUGUGCAACGGGACCAAUGAAGGGCUCCUCCGGAGGAGCCCAUUUCGCAAAGCUGGGGAUCGGCUGCCAGACAUGGAAGAUGUUCGGAAUUGUCUUUCACUUAAAGAUUUCGACAAGCCUCCCUUCUUUCGGAAUUCUAGUUUUAGCUUCAGGAAUGCUUUGGAAGGAUUCGAUAAACCAGAUGGAACCUUGGACUUGCCAGUCAUGAAUCUCCACAACUUGGUUCAUUCUGUCCUGAACGGAACCAGCGCCUCCCCUCAUUCUGCAGCUAAUGAUCCUAUAUUUGUGGUCCUUCAUUCAUUUACUGAUGCUAUUUUUGAUGAAUGGAUCAAACGAUUUCACCCAUCUGACAACAUGUGGCCUCAGGAGCUGGCACCAAUUGGCCACAACCGGAUGUACAACAUGGUGCCUUUCUUCCCUCCUGUGACCAAUGAGGAACUGUUUCUGUCUGCAGAACAACUUGGCUACAGUUAUGCCAUUGACCUGCCAGAGUCUGCUGAAGAGAUCCGGGCUUGGGCUCUUAUGGUUGGAUCAACUAUUGGAGGAGCUCUGAUAGCUUUAGUAGUGCUGGUUCUUCUGCUUGUUCUCUUCCAGCACAGGAGACACAGGAAAGGAUUUGAGCCUCUGAUGAAUGCAAGAUUUAAUGCAAAGAUGUAUACUGAAGAAGGCUAA